AAUUGCAUGAAGCAGUCCACGUGCCUUCCCUCUCUUUCUCUCUCUCUUUCCCUGCAAUCUCAGACCCUUCUUCGUCCUGCUCUUCCUCUUCUUCGUGCCGUUUUGAACACAUCGCCUCGACCCCACUUUCUGUCACUUUCCCGGGAAAAUAUAUAAUAAUAUAGUCCCUGAGUUGAUGAAAUGGGAUUAAAAUAAUAGAAAAAGAAUGGAACGCUGAUUCCCGCUGGUAAGCAUGGUUCGGUCGGAGAGCAAGUGUGGAAAAGAGUGCCAGAUUGCGAAAACGAAGAUUCUAUAAAAGCCUUGAUUUGGGGGUGACUCGCGGUUACCUGUUGCCAUUUGGGGACUCCACCGACUCACCUGUCCUGUCUCAUAUUUUUCCUCCAUCUUAUCACUCUUCUACUGCGCCGUUCAAUAUUUUUGCUUUCUUUGCCAUGGCGUUUGACCAAAAUUCCGUUCCAAAAGAUCUGCGACCGUUAAACGUAGCUCGAACUAUACCUGAUGAGCCUCUCAUUGUACCGGCGACUACCAUGGGUCGGACGUUAGAAUGCUUUCCUCCAACUCCAGCUCGUGACGUCGGUAGCCCAGGGACUUUGCCAAUUUUUUACCCAGCACCUGUGUCUGAUUCUGGGCUUGUUGGUGUGGGGUAUGGAACUAUGUCAUCGGGUCCUACUUCCUGGUGCGUUCGUCCAGGCGUGUCCAUUGUGCAUACGGCUAUGAAUCCUAAUAUUGGGUAUAACUGUAGUCCUAAUUUUGGCAAUCGGAUGGCUGGUGGCAGUGCUGUUGAUAUUUCAAGCAGUGUCGUUGCAAACGGACCUGGUUAUGCCACGAUUCUGGGCAACUGGGCUGGGGGCAGUGGCUUGGAUAGGGCUGGAAACGAUGCAAUUAACGGAUUUGGUUGUAGCUCUGUUCAGGGAAAUAGAAUAAUUGGCAAUGCCAUUGGUAGUGAUCAGGCAGGCAGUACUGCAGCAACUGGGUUUGGUAAUAGCCCCACUCAGCGGAGUGGGGCUGAUCUUGCUAGUGAUGAGGGAGGGGAUGACUCCGUGUCAGGGAGAAAAGUGAAGUUUUUAUGCAGUUACGGUGGGAAGAUUAUACCUAGACCUAGUGAUGGGAUGUUGAGAUAUGUUGGAGGGCAGACAAGAAUAAUUAGUGUUAAGAGGGAUGUGAGCUUCAACGAACUGAUGCAAAAGAUGGUUGAUACAUAUGGUCAACCUGUGGUUAUCAAGUAUCAGCUCCCUGAAGAGGAUCUUGAUGCAUUGGUCUCAGUUUCUUGCCCAGAUGAUCUUGAAAAUAUGAUGGAUGAGUAUGAAAAAUUAAUUGAAAGAUCUUCAGAUGGUUCAGCUAAACUAAGGAUUUUUCUGUUUUCUGCAUUGGAACUUGAUGCUCCUUGUGAGGUGCCGCUAGUAGAUUUACAUGAUAGUGGCCAGAGAUAUGUUGACGCUGUGAAUGGAAUUACAGAUGGAGUCAAUUGCCGGCUUAUGAGGAAAGGGAGUAUCACAAGUGCGGCUUCAACCCAAAAUUCAGAUGUUAGUGCGGCUGAUGCUCUUGAUAGUUCUGUUUCUGGUCCUGGGGAUAUAAGUGCAACGCCAUCAUCUUGCAUUUUGUCACCCAGAGACAAUGUGGCAGCUUCUCAUGACACUGCUGCAAAGUUGGUGGUGGCAGAUCAAAGUCCAAGAGUAUACUCGGAUGCUUCUGCAGUUCCGAUGGGCAUGCCAGUUGCUGUGUCUGGUCCGGCCCAGACAUCAGCUUUCCAGAAUGAGGUUGAAUUAGAAAAGUCUGUUCCUUUUACUUUACAGCAACAGCAAUUCGGAUCGCAGCAAUCUGGAAUGGACGUUUCACCUCCUGCACCUUAUGUGCAUCCUUUUGUUGAUUCGCGUCAGGAAGUUAUGAGUCAUGCAGAUUAUGUCCAGCUGCCUCCUCAGGGAGGGUUCCCAAAUUCUCACCUUUUAGGGAAGCAAGGGCCUGCCUUCACUCAACAGCAAUUCCAUGAUAAUAUUCCAGCUUUUGUUUCUCACCAGUUCAUCUCCGCAGUGCCAAUGACAAUGACUCCAUCAGCUUCUCAUGUUAAUGUAAGAACAAACAUUCCGCAACCAUUGAGGCAACCUCAGCAAACUCGUUUGGACCAAUAUAAUGAUGAAAGUACAUCAGGGCCUAAGAUCAUCCAGCUUCCUGUUGAACAGAACUACAAUGCAUACCCAGUUCAAGUUCCUUCUGUUGUGGUUGCUCGUAAUUAUGGUUGGGUUCAGGUUCCUUCACAAGAGAAUGUUAUUUUGUCUGAUGGGUUGUUGCCUCAACAACAAGAGAACCCUGAGAAAUUCCAAAAGGAGGAAGACUGUUAUAUGUGUCAGAAAUUAUUGCCUCAUGCGCAUUCAGAUCCUGUGGUUCCUGAUCAGCGAGAGAGUGUUGCAAAUUCAAUUUCUGAUUCGAUCCUAAGCUAUCAUAGUCUCCCCAUGGAGGAAAACUUAAAAGCUCAAGCAACAAACAGGGUAAUGGUGACUGCACCCUUGAAGGAUAGUGCUAUUGAACAAGGGAUUGACACCAAAUCCAGAGUCGUUAGCAAAGCGGAACCUCCCAUUGGAAUGCCUUGCACUAAUGCAACAGGCCUUUCUUAUAAGCUUGAGUCACAGCCCGAAGGGGAGAGGAGCGUUACACAAAAGCAUGAUGCCUUUGAUCAUAUGAGGAGUCCCAUUAUCGCAGAUGUGAUUGGAAAGGCAGGAGAUAACCAGUCACCGACUGAUGGAUUCAUGGGGACAGCACCACUGUCAUGCUUUGAUGAUGUUGUUAGCCAACAAAUGAUUCCAGUUGAGAACUGGGUUAAUCAGGAUGUGGUAGUGAAUAAACCUGUUUAUAGUGAUACAACUCCUGUUCUAGAGUCCCCUAAUGAGCGUACAAAUGAAUUUGUUAACUUGGUCUCCCAGCCAGUGGAAGGUAGUCAGAUAGCACAAUCAUCUGUUUGGGACAUUCCUGGAUCAAAUCCUCAGUCAAAAAGUGGAAACCUCCUCAAGGAUGAUAAUUUACCAUCUUUAAUAUCUCCAUCUAUCAGGUCUGGAGAUGUGCAGGAUUCUUCAAACUCACUUUUCAGUAAUCAGGAUCCCUGGAAUGUACACCAUAGUACGUACUUUCCUCCUCCAAGACCUAAAAGAGUUCCUUCAAAGAAAGAAAUAUAUUCUUCUAAGGAUCACUUUGGUGAGGAAUUCACUGGCGGCUGUGGGGAACAAAGUUUAGAAGCUCAAUUGGAGGAAAGUUUUUACCAGCAAUUCAAACAGGGUUUAAAUUUAGAACAUGGCCAUUCAGCCAAGGGCUCAGCCGAAGACCAGAUCAAACAAGAACUUCAAGCUGUUGCUGAGGGUGUAGCUGCUUCUGUUCUGCACCCAAGCACUCCUAGUCCUGAUUUACAUGCCAGGGACAUGUCCAGUCGGGAAGAUGUUGGAGAUGUAGAUGAUCUAAAUAGAGCUAAAGCUUUGGAUGUCAAGAGCAAGCUUCCAGAAAAGCCAAAUUUUGGCAUUCCUUUAUCAGAUGGUCUUGGAGGAUUGCAGAUUAUAAAGAAUUGUGAUCUUGAAGAGCUAAGAGAACUAGGUUCAGGUACCUUUGGGACUGUAUAUCAUGGAAAAUGGAGGGGCACUGAUGUAGCAAUCAAGCGUAUUAAUGAUAGGUGCUUUGCUGGAAAGCCUUCUGAGCAAGAGCGCAUGAGAACUGACUUCUGGAACGAAGCAAUCAAGCUCGCUGACUUGCACCAUCCAAAUGUUGUAGCAUUCUAUGGUGUUGUGCUUGAUGGCCCAGGAGGUUCUGUGGCAACAGUAACAGAGUAUAUGGUCAAUGGUUCUCUAAGAAAUGCCCUGCAGAAAAGUGAGAGGAAUCUUGACAAGCGUAAGCGUCUUUUGAUUGCAAUGGAUGUGGCAUUUGGUAUGGAAUACCUGCAUGGGAAAAAUAUUGUACACUUUGACUUGAAAAGUGACAAUUUGCUGGUGAAUCUCAGAGAUCCACACCGCCCAAUAUGCAAGGUUGGUGAUUUGGGUCUAUCUAAGGUGAAAUGUCAGACACUGAUCUCUGGUGGUGUGCGAGGAACACUGCCUUGGAUGGCUCCAGAACUACUGAAUGGAAGUAGUAGCCUUGUUUCAGAGAAGGUUGAUGUGUUUUCAUUUGGCAUUGUGAUGUGGGAAAUCCUCACGGGAGAAGAGCCAUAUGCUGAUUUGCACUAUGGUGCUAUUAUAGGGGGUAUCGUGAGCAACACUUUGCGGCCUCCCGUUCCAGAAUCUUGUGACCCGGAAUGGAGAUUCCUGAUGGAACGUUGCUGGUCGUCAGAGCCAUCGGAGAGGCCAAGCUUUACCGAGAUCGCUGAUGAACUACGCCUUUUGGCAUCAAAGAUUCCUCCCAAAGGACAAGCUCAACAGCAGCAACCCUCUUCAUUGCAGCCUCAAGUACUGAAAUGAACUCAUAUCGAAUUGCUUAAAUCCAGCUUCUCCCUUUGUGUUUGUCUGUCAUCAUUGUGCAGUUUGUUAUGGUGGGUAAGGUCAAGCAGUAACAUAGUUCGUGAAAAAGGAAUUAAGGUCUGGUUUUAUUAAGUAGUUUCUAUUACAUUUCGUCCUCAAUGAGCAUGCCAGAUCGUUUUUGGGGUUGCAUAUAAGGAAAUGAUUUUGCUUAUAUAUUGGUUAUGACGUUACUUGUAAAGGGUCGCUACUGUAAUAAAUUUUUACAAUUUUUUUCCCCACCACUCUAUGGUAUUGUUAUAUCCUAUAUUCCUAUUUGUGAUAUGUAUUGGUUAUUCA